ACCAUUUUUUAGGAUCGUGACAUCUGUAUCUGGUUGUUCCUAAAAUGAACUUCAACAGAAUUAAGCCUCUCUUCAACCACAUGAAAGUUACGUUGGGUUUGUGCAUUGCAAGAGUAUUCAUAGGCAAUAGGAGCCUUCACUUGAGUCCAAAUUGCUUAGUUGAUGAAGUCUACUACGGAACUCAAUCUUUUCAGAAGAUCAAGUCCUAUGAUCAGCCGAUCAUAAGGAAGAUCUACGGUGCGUGCGGGAUGUCUAAUUACUUUCGUGGCUAUUGUAAACUUUAAUCAUGCUGUUCCUUUUACCUGCAAAGCGUCUCCACCUACACUUAUCAAGGAGCCAUCGAAUGCUUUAAAAUUUGGCUUCACUGUCAAAUCCAUAAUUUGCUGAAAGUAACUAACUGACAGUAUGGUGGCUUUUGAUCCUGUAUCAAGUAAACCUCUAAUUGUCGCUAUAAGUUCAUCUUGGAGAAAUGAAUUAAUAUAAUAUCGGCCAUCAUCAUGAAACAGGUUACAUAAGAAAUUAGGGUGUUUACCCAUCUGACGCUUUUUGAGGAUUUGAUCCCUCGGCAGAGACACGACCUCUGGAGAAGCUCAGACAUUCCUACUGCGCACAGCAGCCCCCACCUUAGGGGGAAGUCUGGAUUACAUCACAGCUCACAGACAGCAGCUCAUAGGUUGAUGCUGAUAUCAGUGUUUCACUCAAUGGAGAAGAUUCAUCAACACAUGAUUUUACAUGGUUAGACUGCAUGAGAGAAAAAUCAUUAGACACAUCCCCCUCCCUCUGAGGUGAGGAGGCAAUUGAUUGAGACACCCCUUCUUUGGCCUCACUUUUAGGAGUUCAAGGAAUGUUUCAACCUGUACGAUAAAAAGGGAAAGGGCAAGAUUCCUGCUCAAGACCUUCUGACUGUUAUGCGUUGCUUGGGGACUUGUCCUACCCCCGCAGAAGUCACCCGUCACCUGCAGGUGCAUAAAAUUGCAGGUAAAGAUGGAGAACUGGAAUUCUCAACCUUCCUGACCAUUAUGUACCGGCAGCAGAAGCAGGAAGACCCGGAGAAUGAGAUCCUUGUAGCCAUGCUGAUGACUGACAGGCAAAAGAAGGGAUUGAUCCCACUGGCUGAGCUGAAGGCUAAACUAUGCAGAAUGGGGGAAAAGUUAACACCUGAGGAAGUGGAUGAUCUCUUUCGUGAUGCUGAGGUAGGGCCUGACGGAAUGGUGAAGUAUGAAGAUUUUGUGAGGAAGAUGACGCUACCACUACCUGACUACUGAAGUCCAACAGAUGAACAAUGCUUUGUUGGUACUAAGAAGUCCACCAGCACCACGAAUAUGUUGCUUUAUUUGAUAGAGUGGGGGUGGUAGUCUAUUGAACAACUUAGAGGGUGCCUUUCAUCAACUGCAGCCGGAACACAGACAAACUCACCACUGCUCACUGCCCGGGAGCAGUGUUGAGCUUGUCUGUGUCCCAGAUGCAUUCUGAGAUUUAGGACUCCUGCAUGAGUCUGAAAUCUAUAAAAAAGGACUGGUAGGGAGACCCCUAGUGGUCAUUUUUUCAAAGUGGAAAAUUAAAUAGAGGAAGCAUAUUUUUUAAUAACAUGCUAUUGGAAAGUUAUUCUGCAUACAUUAAUCUAUAAUAUAUCAAAAGUUUUUUUUUGAUAAAAGGUACCCUUUAAGUCAUUACUUCUGUAAAUGGUGGUGCUAAACUUUAGGAUACAAAAUUAGUAUACAAAGGAAAAAACAAAACACGUGGUACUCACCAUUAUAGAUCACUUGCCUUUAUUUUCAGCUAAAAAACAAACAAACAGAUCUUCAUUGGCCAAGUGGUGUGGAAAUCCUGGUCUUUUUCCCUGUCACACCCACUUUGUCUAGGCCUUCCAAACUGUUGUGACCAUGAAAUGGCUGUAGAUCAGGCUUAAGUGGCUGAAAAUAAAGCAAAUAUUUACCUAAAUGCUUGUAUUCCACUUUGCAUACUUUGUUGAUACAAGGCUAGCCCUUUUAUUAAAAGAACAAAAAAUAAAAUAAAUAAAACAGUGCCACACUUGUCCUUAGGCUGUGUGCGGUAUUACAACCCUACAUUGAAACAAUGGAACUGUGCUGCAAUACUGCCCACAACCUGAGGACAAGAGUGGUGCUGUUACUAAGAGGAAAAAAUUGAUAUAACCCCUUUUAAGGAUGGUUUCAUACACAGCAUUUUUGGGGAAGACACAACUUCAGUUUUAAGAUAAAACCAGAGGUGAGUCUAUUUGAAACUAUUUCUGGCUCAAACAGUGGAAUGUAAAACAAAAACCAAACCUGUGUAUGACACCAGCCUAUAGUUGUUCUCCUGGAGGUGAAAAUGAGGUAUGUG